AGACGCUAGUGCUUUUGCUCGCACGUACAAGCCUGAGGGUUUGCGAUCUGCUCAUUGCGACCGAGUACUGGCUCUGCCUAUACGCCGACGUACUCUCUGUUUCCGGCCCAGAGGCGCAGGGCUUUCAACUUGUCGACCGACAACUGGCAGCAGAC